UUAGUAAAAGUUGGGAUAGCAGCUCCCGAGAGAGAGAGAGAGAGUGAGAGAGAGAGAGAGAGAGAGAGAGAGAGAGAGGGGUGGAGAGAGAGUGAGAGAUAGAGAGAUAACGGGAUAACUGCAGGGAGAAUUCACUGGAUUUUGAUAUCGCUUGAUAAACUGCUGCACCGACACACAACCCUUCAUGUUGUGGAGCAGCGAGAGAGACGGACACAGCCACAGCCAGUUUGACCGAAGUUGAAGGCAGCGUCUCGGCUGGGGAAGCUGCCGGAGGAAGCGGAGGCAGCCAGCUGGGUUCUCUGGGUUUAGUUGAGCGCACAGGCGGGAAAUAAAAAAAGAAAGAAAAGAAGAACGAAUAUAAAACACGGGCUCGUCAACAGUUACGAAGUGACAUGAGCAAGAGCUGAAGUCAGUCGGUAGAUGUGGUGAGGUCCUCGGAGAGCGAACACUGCUCCAGCGGUCGACGGUCGAGUGGCGGGGGGGUGAAAACCCCGAGCUGUCAAACCCAAUGACCACCGCGAACUGCCCCGGGACCGAGGAGCUGGACUUCCGACUGAUCUUCGGGGAGGACGGGCAGCAGCAGCCGCUAGGCCCCGCAGAUCUCGAGCCUGAUGACAACACAUCAUUCUACAUCUUAAAUGUGGGCCAGCCCCAGGCUAUGGUCACUAACCACCAGUCUAUUGGCCUGCCUCGUCAUGGUAUGCAGUCUCACUCCCAGGUCAUCAACACUUCCCCACGCCUUCAGUCACACAAAUCAGGAUUGGAUCAUUCAGGCUACCAGGGACAAGACUCCAAAUAUGGCUCCUCCCCUCUUCUGCCCUCUGCUCCUAUGGAGGCACCAAAGGCCUUUGAAUGUCCCAGUAUCCAAAUCACCUCCAUCUCCCCUAGCUGCCAGCAGGAGAUAGGUCCCAAUGGAGAGGAUCUGAGGGCCAAUGGCCCAGAUGGGGACUAUCACGGGGACAGACCUCUAUCCAGAGACCACCUGUAUUUGCGGCUGGACCAGUCAUACCGGGACUCCUCACUCAGUCCUAGCCCAUGCAGCAGUCUCUCUUCUAGGAGCUGGUUCUCUGAUGCCUCCUCAUGUGAAUCAUUCUCACACGUCUAUGAUGAUGUUGACUCAGAGCUAAAUGAAGCAGCUGCCCGGUUUACCCUGGGCUCCCCACUUACUUCCCCAGGCUGUGCCUCCCCUCAAACCGGCGGUGGAGUUCUGGAGGAGCAGCCCCAUUGGCAGCACCAGCACCCUGCCUUUGUGCACCACUCCCACUCCAUCAGCCUGUCACCGCGACAGUCACCCUGCCACUCGCCACGCACCAGUGUCACUGAUGAAAAUUGGCUCAGCCCGCGGCCACCUUCCAGGCCAUCUUCCCGUCCCACCUCACCCUGUGGGAAGAGGCGUCACUCUAGUGCAGACAUCUGCUAUCCAGUCUCAUUGUCUCCACAUCACUCACCCACACCCACGCCAGGACCUUCACCCAGGGGCAGCGUUACAGAAGACACCUGGGUUGGCAGUCCUUCUCUGGGCAUGUCGCCCUUCCAGUGCUGCCCAUCAGAGGCAGACAUCCCAUCUAAGACAAGGAAGACCUCACAGGAUAGAACAACUAUGCAGUCUGGGAAAGGGGAGCUGGGGCUAGAUGACCAAGGAAAUAUGUCGCCUAAUCUAGACUCUCCCUCAGACGAGGCCUUGCACAGCCUGAAGAAAGACGGGCCUGGGGAACAAUUCCUCUCAGUGCCCUCCCACUUCUCAUGGAAUAAACCCAAGCCUGGUCACACACCUAUAUUCAGGACCUCCUCCCUGCCUCCCUUAGAUUGGCCAUUGCCAAGCCAGUUUGGCCAAUAUGACCUGAAGAUCGAGGUACAACCCAAAGCCCACCACCGAGCUCACUAUGAGACCGAGGGCAGCCGAGGAGCCGUCAAAGCAGCGUCUGGUGGCCACCCUGUCGUCAAGCUCAUUGGCUACAGCGAGAAGCCCGUCAACCUGCAGAUGUUCAUAGGGACGGCGGAUGACCGAUACUUGAGGCCGCACGCCUUCUACCAGGUGCACCGAAUCACCGGGAAAACUGUAGCCACAGCCAGCCAAGAAAUCAUAGUCACCAGCACCAAGGUUCUCGAAAUUCCUCUGCUGCCCGAGAACAACAUGUCAGCCUGCAUCGACUGCGCCGGGAUCCUUAAGCUGCGGAACUCCGACAUCGAGCUGCGGAAGGGAGAGACAGAUAUAGGAAGAAAGAACACACGGGUUCGCGUUGUGUUCAGAGUGCACAUCCCUCAACCUAACGGGAAGGUGCUGUCGCUGCAGGCUUCCUCCAUUCCUGUGGAGUGCUCCCAGCGCUCAGCUCAGGAGCUACCGCAGGUUGAGAAAUCCAGCCUGACCAGUUGUGUAGUCAGCGGUGGAGAAGAGCUGGUCAUCACAGGCUCCAACUUCUUCCCAGAGUCCAAGGUCAUCUUCCUGGAGAAAGGCCCUGAUGGACGACCACAAUGGGAAGUUGAGGCAAAAAUAAAACGUGAGAAAACUCAAGGAUCAUGCAUUGUGGUGGAGGUUCCUCCCUACCACAGUAAGACUGUGGGCUCAGCAGUGCAGGUGCAGUUUUAUGUCUGCAAUGGCAAGCGGAAAAGGAGCCAAUCACAACGCUUCACUUACCUUUCAGUCAUGGUGAAACAGGAGCACAGGGAUGAGCUGGACCAUCCUGCAAUACCCCCUAUGUCCAUGCCCCUGGCACAUGCUGCCAGUCUGGUGCGCACCCAGCUGCCUUCUCCUGAGCAGGGCCACCAAACAGAUAACCUUCUGUCCAGCUCCCCUCAUGGCCUGGCUGCAGGCUCUGGAGCUGGCCUGCUACCCCUGCAGGCCCCUUGCCCCUCCCUGGGCUCCCCAUCUUUCCAGCAGCUGCCUCACCUCCAGAGUCGCAGUUUGCACCACCCCCCUGCGGAUUGCCACAUGACGUUCCACCCGAGCUCUGCUCCGGCUCCUCUUCCUGCUCCUCCCCGUCCCUCCUACCAGUCUAUGCAGCACAGCCACGGUCAUAGCCUACCUUUCAAUGGCCAGUCCAGCCUUCCUCCUCAGGGCUACGAGAGGAUGCCCUUUCAGCAGAGCCCCACUGCAGCAUCACACCCAAUGGGUUUGGGGAUGGUGUACCCCUCUUCCCCUUGCUCCUCACCAUCAGCUCCCUCCUCUUCAAGCAUUGCUGGGUCUCCGCAGAGUCAGCAAUCUCUGCUUUCGCCCUCAUCUCCACAUCUCCACACACUUGCAGGCUAUCACUGCUCUCCAAAUCCAACCCAGGUCUCUUCUCCCAAUUGUCACCCCCUUGUAGGGCAGCACUCCUCCCAGCUGCAGAGGGCCCUGGGCUACCACCCGGUAGGUCAAAGGUCAGCCUCUUGCCCCACACCAUCCAGCGCACCUCCGCCAAGGAUGAUCCCCUCUCCGCACUCCGGGCCUUCCUCCCCUCAGCUCCACUCGUUGCCCUACCAGUCUCCCACCUCCUCCUCCCCUACUUCAGGUGGCAGUCCUUUGGGGCCUCUUCAACAGCAGCCCUCUCCGCAGGCUACAAGUCCAGUCAUGGCCAGCCUGUCCCCUGCAGCAGUGGGCCCUCUGGUUCACCCUCUGAGCCCUCAGGGUCAGUUCCCAUCAGACAGCGAGAGUCUGAACAUCAAGGAGGAACCAGAGGAGAGGGAGCCCACCUUCCGCUCUAUCGGCCUGCAGGACAUCACGCUGGAUGAUGUAAAUGAAAUCAUCGGCAGAGACAUGUCCCAGUCCCCCAGCGCUCAUGGUCCUCCAUCAGCACACAACCAGUCAUAGCUCAGCCCCUCUCCCUGAGAACCCCCCCCCCCCCCCUUACUCCAACACUUCUAUAAGCCGAGGUCCUGAUCUUGUGAUCGACGGGACAGGAUAGGGGGAGGAGCCGAGGCUGUGCUGGGUGACUCUGUCUAAAGCCUCCUGGGCCCUGUGAGCUCCACCAGCCGGACAGGAAGAGCCUGUCUCAUCUGAUACUGAACAGUUUGUCCUUUUUAAAGAACCAGAGAAAUCUCACAACCUGGAUCAAGAAGAAGAUGAACAGGAGAAAACAGCCACAUCGAUUUUUAAACUGAGGGUGAAACGGUUGGAGAAUAACGAGGAGCAGCUCCUCUGUCAGUCCUCAGGUGUCAAGAUGGCGCCGACCCUCCCUCGUCAUCGGGGGUGCGCCUGAUCCUGCAAAGCACUGCCGUCCCCUCGACCAAUCAGCUCCAUGUCAGGAGUCAAGUUCCUGCAGCGGAGACAUCAGAGCGUCUCGCUGCCACUCUCACCAGCAUCGACCAUCGAGCACGACGUCACCGCUGCCACUCGGACGUUUCUUCAGGUUUUUUUACAAACAGCCGUGUACGGAGCACAACAUGAGGGGAUCCCACUUGGAGACUUUAGACCUGGAAACUUUAUAUUCGACGUGAAAUUUGAUCAUUGAAAUUUCUAAUCAAACCAAACUGUCAGAUUCAGAAAAAAAACUCCACUCUUCUUUUCUCCUUUUUGAAAUUAUAAAACGAUGAAUGCCCUGGCAGAGAGAAACCAGCUCCCCUGGUGCUGGUUUUGGGAUCUGCAACAUUCCACAACUUUUAGCAACCUUUGCAACCGUGUAGAUAUCUGUACAUGACCCCCCCCCCCCCCCCCCCCCGUCUCUUCUCUACGUCCUCCCUCUCCUCCUGAUCCUCAUCGUCACGUUGAACAAAUGCCUUAUUAACAUUUUUAGCAGCUUUGAAUGGUAGCAAAAGCUUUUUUCUGUUCGUUGUUUUGCACAGCUGGCUUUGAGUUUGACUUUGAGAUUACUCCAUAUACAGAUGGUACGACGAUAUUCACGAAUCCCGACGAGGGGAUUCAGGACGGAGUGAACACUCCUGUUUUUCGUUGAAAGAUAUUUUGAAGAUGCCCGUUUGAUCCAUGUUACAGAGAAGUGUUUUUCUUUUCAUCCACAGAGACGGACCAUCUUGGCCUCUGACAUUUCUAUUUUAUGCAAUAACCCCCCCCCCGACAUCUCCUAGGGACCUCGUGUGCCUUCUAUUAAAUAACAGGCACCAGAGCUGUGACCGGACGACAGCUGAGGUGACAAACUGUAGGAUGGGUAAAGUUUUGAAAGUAUUUUAUACAUAGUUAUGCCUAUAUAUUGCAUUUAAGUGUUGAAUCUGCCCUUUUUUCGACUCCCUUUUCUGUAAUGAACAAGGUACAAAUCCCAAAAGUCCAGAGAGCAACAUCUGGAUGUGAGGGGGUCUUCUACAUCCCCCCCCCCCGGUUUCAAACAAACAAUAUUUGCUGUUGAUAAUCAUAGUCUCGUCCGGAACAGUUCUUUACACAUAUGCAGUGCCUGUGUGGCAGCAAUAACACAAUGUUGAUUUGGUUUUUAAAAGGUAUUUUCAUACACCUGAUGAGUGUGAGCGGACGGGUUCUGAUUAGUUUUCCAUUGGCUUCUUUAUUCUUUUGUUUUUUUUUGCCUUAAGCUUGACAAUGACGCUCCUGCCUGCGAGAGCCGAGGAGCGUCGCACACGACAGUUUGAAGUCCUUUUCCAGGUGAAAAUGAUUCUGCUAUGCAUUAAACGUUCUGCCUGAUGCCUUUAAAAUAAAAAAACACGACAAAAAAAGACCUUGAUGCCUCUAGAAGUGUAGACAACUGUUGACCCGUUUUAGAUGCUGGGUUGAUUCUGUUGUUAGCGUCCUGCAUUCGUCCAAUCAGCUUCGUCGAGGACACAGCGCGAGCAUCUUUAAAAGGGUUCGGCUAUGUGUGUGUGUUUGUGUGUGUGUGUUUGUGUGUGGAUGGUCGGUGUUUCUACCAAAUAUGCUGUACAGAAGACAGGGAUUUAAAGAGUCCUAUUUUAACAACAGAAGCACACGUGUGUAUUUAAUCUAUGCAAACUAUAAGAAGCAAAUGUGAAAUAUGAGAAAUGAGAUUAGACUAUUUGUAAAAUCACGUAAAAAAAAGAGAAAUAAAACAGAUAGUGAGAGCAUCACGUCACUAUGUAAACUGUUAGGAGGCCUUAACUCUGGUGUCUGUGUAUGCUGUUGAGUUGAUUCUGCCCCCCCCCCCCCCUCCCCCAAGACAUAAGUGAAUAAUAAUCUAAUUCAAAUUGGGGGGGAUUUUGAGCGGGAGCAGGAUGAGUUGGAGAAGGGAGAUGGCGUCUUCUUUUCUUCUUGCAUACAAAGCAGGUUGUGCAGCUUCAACGACUUGAGUCAACAAAAAAUACAAAUGAAAAACCAGCAUGGACAGUCACUGUCCGGCUGCGUCCUCCUCUGUCCCAACCAAAGACCGAACAAUAUGUUCCCACUUUACACGAUGGCAUAGCAACAGAGACUGUACUACUCUAUUUUUGAUACUUUCAAAUGGAUGUCAUUCCUAAAAGGUUGAGGUCUGAGUGUUUAGUGUAUAUAUGCAUUCUAUAUAUACACCAGACACUCACACAUACAUAUAAGAAAUUGUUUUGUAAAAUAAAAGGGAAAUACAGGUUUAGCUGAUGUUUACCGAGCCUUGUAUUGUCAUUUCUUGUAUAUUUUGUAUGUUAAUUUUUUUUUUGUAAUUUUUAAGACUGCAGUGCUUUUUGAAAUUAUUCAAAGGGAAACCUUGCAUCAUAAUGUAGGCUCUAAAGUAGUGUAUAUCAAUAAAACUGAAAACUCA